UAUAAUGCUUAAGUCUUAAUUAUAUUUAAGAUUAAAAUUAUCAUAAAUAUUUGUGGAUGAAAAUGGAAGAUUCAUCUUAUUCUAGUCUGGAUGAGUACACGCAGAGCUGUAGUAAAAAAUGUGAUAUAAGUAUUUCUGAUACGUUAGCCGACUUUGGAAGAUUACGUAUAUCAGCAUUAACAAAAGCAGCUGAAAUAAGCCCCUUUGUCACAGAAGUUACUAUAGGUCCAAGAAGUCCAGAAAAUAAAGUUAAAUCAAAGAAAAAUGAAGAUGUGACAUCAAAUCAAAAUAUGCAAGAAUAUGUUGACUUAAUAGAAGAUAAAAUUGGAGAGGAGUUACGUUACAGUUUAUUACUUAAAGAAUGUGAAGAGAAAUUACAAGAGGAUUCAGAAGAAUUAUGUAAUAAUUUGUUAAAAAAAAUGAUUUCAACAUACGCAGAAUACAAGCAAAGGUUUUGGCAAAAACAAAAAGAACUUAAACAGAAAGAACUAGAAUUUAGAACUAGAAAAGUUCAAAUGGCACAACAACUGCAAGAGAAUGAUAAUUUGACAGUGUUAGAAAGAGUCAGGCUUGAUGAACAGAAGUAUGAAAUGAUUAACCAACAAACUAUUGAGAACAUGAACAGAAUACUAGAUGAACAAAAUAAAGCAACUAUAAGAUUUGCCACUAUUACGGACAGCCAUACAAAAAUAUGUAUGUGUUACAAUGAUAUAACAAAUCUUCUUCAAAAUGAACCACAAGUGAAGGAAAUAUUAGAAAAGUAUGUCUCCUCACUGAAUAUUAUUAUUGCAAAGAUAACUGCAAUCAUGGACUUCUGUAAAACAGGUACAAUUACAGACGAGGAAGUUAAACAAUCAGAAAUAUUGCUCUUACAUAUUGAAAAUAUAAAACAAAAAAUCAUUGAAGACAUUGACUUAGUAAAACAGCAAGAGUUAUUGAAGAAACAAAUGGAAGAAGAAGAAGCUAGACAAAAGAAAAUUCAACAAUUAAAAGAACAAGAGGCGAAAGAAGCAGAAAAUGCUCGCAUUCAGGAAGUUUUAGCUCAACAGAUGAAGAGAGCUCAAUCAAUGUUUUAUUCUGAUAAAAAUUACUUAAUUUAUGAGGAUCUUAAAAAUUUCCUUGAAUGUUAUGAAAAUAGCUACAAAGAUUUGUUAGAAAAUGCUAAUUUGAAAAAGUUCAGGUUUGACUGCCAGAAAGCUGUGAACACUCCUGUCAAUGCAUUAUCAUCUGUAAGCGGUACACAUAUGAGGGACAAAUUUGAUAAAUUGGCUAGAUUACUAAGAGGUGAAAGAGUCCAAGUGCUGGAUACAUAUGUUACAGCUUCACAGCACCCUCAAGGUUUACAUUAUUGUACUGCUCUGUUAGCUAAGAAGAUUGUGAGACAAGGAGAUCUCCUGGUGUCUAGCAACCCUGAAGCUGCUUAUCCUUUAGCAGCAGUUACUGUUGCACUGUGGUCCCAAUUCCCCGAAUUCGGUAAACUAUUAGAAGCUAACUUCCACAGACACUGUCCAUAUUUAGUACCUAUGAUGCUGCCUCAGAAAGAGGGACAAACAGACAAAGAAUAUUAUAUAUCAAGAGGAUAUACCUAUAAUGAUGAAGGCGAGGUUGAAAAACAGGACAAAUUUUUAAAACGCAUGUCAGGUAUAUUUAAACUGCAUUGUGCUAUAUGGAUAGCUAAAACGCCGAAAUUUAUGAACUCUUCAAAUCCUCAUGGGCUACGUUUUGCAUGGCAGUGGCUCGCAUCUUUUAUUAACCUAAAACCAGAGCCGGACAUAAGUGCUACAUUGAUUCAUGAUUUUUUUACAGUGUGUGGUUCAGAAUUUUUCAAGUACUAUGGUAAACAAUGUACAAAAAUAAUUAAGUUAUUAAGCACGGAAUAUUUAUCUAUUUUACAAAAUAUUGAUGAAGGUGGCCCUAAAACAAGAUUUGAAGUAUUUUUACAAAAUGUCUUAAAGACUGGACACAUUCCCCCACCUAAUGGAUUAUUGCCACCGAAUACUUGGUAAUAAAGUUGAUUGAUUGAAAUAUUUUUUUUCUGAUUAUUGAACUAUAAAAUAAUGAAAUACAUAUUACCGGAAA